GAGAGAGAGAGAGAGAGAGAGAGAGAGAGAGAGAGACUGUAAAUAGAGAGACAGAGAGGGGCUUUGGCUUGAAAUUUGGUCAUUAAGUUGAAUCACGUAGCAGACGCUGUCAAAUGGCACUGCUUAUGUUUAAUUCUGCUGAAACGUACGACCAAAACACAAAUGCAAUGCUCAACACCAAAGUGUUCAUUCAGAGAGCACUAUAAUCAACUUGUGUCUUGUUGCUGCAGUGCCUUUCAUCAUGGUCGCAAGAAGCUAGUAUUACUGUAAGUGAAACUGAGGUGUCGAUUCACUAAAAGCUUUCAUAUGAUUUUCUUGAAGAGAAAAUUGUUGCCUUGUCCUGGGUAAUGCUGCUAGUCUGGGGUGGAACAAAACCCUGGAAGGCAGACUCUGUAAUCAUGAUAAUCACCUCUGAUUGGAUGGACAUGUCUAUUGAUGCACAGAAUUAAUUGACAUUUGCAUAUAGUCUAGUAGUGUAGUUUCAUAAUAAUCCAAUAGUAGUACUAUUAGUAGUAGUAGCAGCAAAAAUAGUCUGAUGGUAUAGAUAGAUGAGUUUUACAGAUCACAUAGACUUGAUUGUAGUAGAUUAAAAUGUGUUUUCUUCCUUUCUUUUUUUAUUUUGUCCCUUUGGUUUUAUUUAGCCCAGCAAAUUCUAUUUUUAGUUUGUCAACGCAUUCCGUCGCCAGGGGGAGUUCUAGCGCUUCCCACGGAUAAAUACAACGCUUCUCCUUUUUCCCACGCUGCUGGAGUUGACAGCGAUCCAGAGGCCGAAGCUGCGCAGAAGUGGCGCAGUUCUUGUACCCUCGAGUAGCUUGACUAGACCUUUGAGGCGUCCAAAUGACGUCACGUGUCAUGUCGACUGUCAAUGUGCGCCAUUUUGGAUAGAAAAAAUCACGGGCAUUUCUGGAAGCCCUUAUUCACGAGUCUAAUCACUGUUUCACUGUAGUAGCCUGCACUGAAUAUCAAUCUUAUCAAUUCAGAUUGCGCUCGGAAGACCUCCCACAGACGCCAGUUCUGUUGCAGAAAGUGGCAAUGGCAGGUGUCGGAGGAGGGAACGAUUUCCAAUGGUGCUUCUCCCAAGUCAAGGGAGCCAUAGACGAGGAUGUGGCCGAAGCGGACAUCAUCUCGACGGUGGAGUUCAACUACACGGGCGAGCUGCUGGCCACGGGGGAUAAGGGGGGCCGUGUGGUGAUCUUCCAGAGGGAGCAAGAGGUCAUAAAAAACCGUCCUCAUUCACGAGGCGAGUACAACGUGUACAGCACCUUCCAGAGCCACGAGCCCGAGUUCGACUACCUGAAGAGCUUAGAGAUCGAGGAGAAGAUCAACAAGAUCAGAUGGCUCCCCCAACAGAACGCCGCCCACUUCCUGCUCUCCACCAACGACAAAACCAUCAAGCUGUGGAAGAUCAGCGAGCGAGACAAGAGGGCCGAGGGCUCCAACCUGAAGGACGAGGACGGGAGGAUGAGGGACCCUUUUAGGAUUACCUCCUUACGGGUGCCUGUGCUCAUGCCCAUGGACCUGAUGGUGGAAGCUAGCCCUCGGAGGAUAUUCGCCAACGCACACACAUAUCACAUCAACUCCAUCUCAGUAAAUAGUGACCACGAAACAUACCUGUCGGCAGACGACCUCAGAAUCAAUCUAUGGCAUUUAGAAAUCACAGAUAGGAGUUUUAACAUCGUGGACAUCAAGCCAGCCAACAUGGAGGAGCUGACGGAGGUGAUCACGGCCGCAGAGUUCCACCCGCAGCACUGCCACACGCUGGCCUACAGCAGCAGCAAGGGCACCAUCCGCCUCUGCGACAUGAGGGCCGCCGCCCUCUGCGACAACCACAGCAAAUUCUUUGAGGAGCCCGAGGACCCCAGCAGCAGGUCGUUCUUCUCUGAGAUCAUCUCGUCAAUCUCCGAUGUCAAGUUCAGCCACAGCGGGCGCUACAUGAUGACCCGGGACUACCUGUCAGUCAAGGUGUGGGACCUCAACAUGGAGAACCGGCCUGUCGAAACCUACCAGGUGCACGAGUACCUGCGCAGCAAGCUGUGCUCGCUGUACGAGAACGACUGCAUCUUCGACAAGUUUGAAUGCUGCUGGAACGGCUCCGACAGUGCCAUCAUGACGGGCUCGUACAACAACUUCUUCCGGAUGUUCGACCGGCACGUCCCCGCCGCGACGUGACCCUGAGAGGCGUCGCGGGAGAACAGCAAGCCGCGCGCCGUGCUCAAGCCCCGCAAGGUGUGCAGCGGCGGCAAGCGGAAGAAGGACGAGAUCAGCGUGGACAGCCUGGACUUCAACAGGAAGAUCCUGCACACCGCCUGGCACCCCAAGGAGAACGUCAUCGCCGUGGCAGCCACCAACAACCUCUACAUAUUCCAGGACAAGAUCAACUAAGCCCCCCGGGGGGGACCCCCCCUCUUGUUCUCUUCCAAUCUCCCCUGGAACAACCCCCCCUCUCCCCCCCCUCUCUCCCCCAGGGCCCCACCACCCUCCACCCAGUCUCCCGACCCCCUCCACC